UCCCUGGUAUUUUGGCCGUGUCAUUAAUGUUUCUCCUAGAUCUUUAUUUUCUUUUUUUUUCCCCGUUUAGAUGUAUUUCGCUUUGCGCUGCCCGCUGCACUCUUCCCCCUCUCUCUCUCCUCCAUUGAAGCGUACUCUGAAUUCUCCAUUCAAGCGGCUUUUGAGCUUUCUCUCCUCCAUUAAACCAGCUUCUCUUCUGAGGCUUUGGUUUAUACGGUAUAACUCUUUAAUGUCAAGACGAAACCAUGAAAAUGGACCUUUUUCUUGAUUAGGGAUGGGCCUGAACAAUUAGGGUUUAUGUUUUCGUUGUAUUCAUAGUUUAGUGUGAUUGGGUGUAAUGAUGUAUGAAGCAAGGGAAGAGAAAUGGAGUUAUGGUUUACUUUUUCUCUGGUGAUUUUGGGGCGGGGCAGGGCAGGGCAAGUGACGAGUUAAAAUCUUUCGGGUUGUCGGUUUUUGUGAGGACAUUUCUUCAUUUGGUGAUUGAUGACUUGCUGCAAUUUUAUUUUCUUGUGAGGACUUCCCUUAAUUUUUUUUCUUGAUUCUAUGUAUUUUCUUAUACAUUGAUAGGAGCAAAGAAAGACACCGAGUCAAAGAUCAUUGUUAAAAUUCAGUUAGUAAUUGGUGAUGGAUUCACCUGAGAGGAGUCGAAAUUAUGCUAAAAGGGAAACGGAGGAUAGUGUGGAUGGAAAGAGGGAGAUAGGUGGUGAUGAAGAGGAAUGGGAGGGGAAUGGAAAAAGGAGGCAUAGGUUAAGCAGCAAAUCCAGAAGAGCUAGUAAUGGAGAAGAUGCUGAUGGUUGGGAUAGUAGUGGGAGGAAGAGCUCUGGAGAUAGAAAUGAGAGUAGGAGGAUGUCAGGCGGAUCCACCAGAGGGGAUGUUGAUGAAGGUGAUUAUGAUGCGAAGAAGGAUUCAGGCUCCAAGCUGGUAAGGAAGAAGCAGGAGGUUAGUGCUUUGGAAAAAUUGAGCAACUGGUAUCAGGAUGGGGAUUUAGAAAACAGGCAUGAUGCGGGAGAUAAGUCCGGAACUAGAAGCCAUGCUAGAAGUGAUGAUAAUGAACGCGUGUUAAGGAAAACAACUUCAAAAUUCUCUGAUCAUGAAGGCUCGCAUAGGAGUAGUAGAAGCAGGGACGAAAGAGCUCGUGACGGGGAGGACGAAAAGGCACUGGAAAAAGAUUCAUAUCAUUCAGAAAGGAAGGAAAACAGUCGAGAGAAGGGGCAUGGUUUUACUGAAGAGGUAAAGAACAGGAGAAGAUGGGAUGACUCUGAUGCAUCCAUGAAAGCUGAGGACAGUAGUUUCUUGGGUAAAUCUGAGCUAAAAGGUGGGACAGUGUCUGAAUCCAAGCAUGAGUCCUCUCGUGAAAGGAGCGCGUCCACUAGACUUGAUACAGGCGAAGGAAAAGAGAGAGUGUUGGAGUCAACCAGUGACAAGAGUAAAUCCUACAGCAAGGAGGAAAGGAGGAUUGAUUCGGAUAGGUCCAAGAGCAGACGAUCAGAUGUUGUAGAAGACGAUAGCAAAGCUAGUUCUUUAAGUCGUGAAGAUAAAAUUGGUAAGGAGAAAAAUGAUAGACAUAAGGAGCUAAAAACUUCUGGUCGUGAAGCUGUAGAUAGCCGAGAUAGGUCAUCUAAUCUGGAAGAGGAUGUCAAUCCCUGGAUGAGGGACAAAAUUGCAAGAGAGGUUGGGCAUUCUCGGCGGUCAGGAAGCCCUGAGAGAAGUGGUCGACAUCGCCAUGAGUUGGAGAACUCUGAAAUGGAAUAUGAAAGAGGCAGCAGUUUAAAGCGCAAAGAUUCAGAGAAGGAUAAUUUUAGAGGGGAUGAUAGAGCAAAAGCAAGAGAUAAUAGCUGGAGCGACAGGAAUAGGGAAAGGGAAGGCUCCAGAGAAGGUUGGAAAAGAAGGCAGCCUGGUAAUGACAGGGAUAUGGAUUUAGUUCAUGAUCGUGACAGGGAUCGCGACUUGCCCAGACGUGGUCGUGAUAGGAUGGAUAACGAUAGGGGUUUAGGUAGAGCUGGGAAUAGAAAAGAUGGGAGGAGCGAAGCUGUCAAGGCUUCUUCGAAUUUUGGAAUUUCAACUGAGAACUAUGACGUUAUAGAGAUACAACCUAAGCCUCUUGACUAUGGAAGAGACGAUCCUGGAUCUGGUUUUUCUAGGAGAACAGAAGCUGUUCCACUGCAUGAUCCAAAAUCAAAUAUGCCUGAUGAAUGGGGACGUUCACAAGAUGAUCUACGUAGGGCUGAUGCAGAUGGGGCAACUGCUGAUGAUUCAAGUGUAAAGUAUGUGGAUGAAGCUACAUCUUCACAAGAUCAAAAUGCAUGGAGGGAUGAUGCUGAUGGUAGGCAAGGGAGACCAAGGGGCUUACAAGGUUUAUCUGCCCGACCUUCUGCUAGCCAAAGUUCUGGUGGUGGUUCUCAGCCUCCUAAUAGCAAUCAAGAGCCGAGUAGCUUUGGCAGGAUGAUGCAGCAGGGUCCUAAAGGCAAUAGGCCGGGUAGAGGAGGUAGAGUCAGGCCUCCUGGAAGGGACAACCAGCAGGUCAACAUUCCAGUGCCCUUGAUGGGGUCUCCCUUUGGACAUCUUGGUAUGCCACCACCUGGUCCAAUGCAGCCCAUGAACCCUGGUUUAUCCCCUGGUCCAGGUCCUCCAGUUCCCCCUGGCAUGUUUGUUUCACCAUUUUCUCCACCAGUUGUUUGGUCUGGUGGUCGGGGUGUUGAUAUGAGCAUGUUACCUGUGUCCCCUGGUGUUUCCUCACUUCCUCCUGGGCCACCUGGACAGCGAUAUCCACCAAAUAUGGGAGCUCCUCCAAAUCCUGGCACGUUUUUCAAUCAACCAGGCCAAGGAAGAGGAGUGCCUCCUGGUGCAUCUGGCCCAGGGUUUAAUGCCAUUGUGCCUGUUGGUCGUGGGAAUUCAAAUGAUAAAAGCUCUGGUGGUUGGGUUCCCUCUAAAAGCGGUGGGCCUCCAGGUAAGGGGCCAUCUAGAGGAGAGCAAAAUGACUACUCGCAAAAUUUUGUUGACACUGGAUUGCGGCCCCAAAAUUUUAUUCGGGAACUGGAACUUACUAAUGUUGAGGAUUAUCCAAAGCUUCGGGAGCUUAUACAAAAGAAGGAUGAAAUUGUUUCAAAAGCAUCUACUCCUCCCAUGUAUCAUAAAUGUGAUCUUCGGGAAUUUGUUCUGUCUCCAGAGUUUUUUGGGACCAAGUUUGAUGUUAUUCUUGUGGACCCACCUUGGGAGGAAUAUGUUCAUCGAGCACCUGGUGUGACAGACCACAUGGAGUACUGGACAUUUGAAGAGAUAAUGAAUCUGAAAAUUGAGGCAAUAGCAGACACUCCAUCUUUUAUAUUUCUUUGGGUGGGUGAUGGUGUGGGCCUUGAGCAAGGGCGACAGUGUCUCAAGAAGUGGGGGUUUAGGAGGUGCGAAGACAUAUGUUGGGUAAAGACAAACAAAAACACAGCAACUCCAGCUUUGCGACAUGAUUCUCAUACCUUAUUCCAGCACACUAAGGAACACUGUCUAAUGGGCAUAAAGGGAACUGUUCGCCGCAGUACUGAUGGACAUAUAAUCCAUGCCAAUAUAGAUACUGAUGUGAUUAUCGCGGAGGAACCUCCUUAUGGUUCCACAGCUAAGCCCGAUGAAAUGUAUCGGAUUAUUGAGCAUUUUGCUCUUGGUCGUAGAAGGAUUGAGCUCUUUGGUGAAGAUCACAAUAUCCGAUCAGGAUGGCUGACAGUUGGAAAGGAACUAUCUUCGUCAAACUUUAAUACUGAGGCAUAUACAAGGACCUUUUCGGACAAGGAAGGGAAGGUUUGGCAGGGUGGGGGAGGAAGGAAUCCACCACCAGAUGCACCUCAUCUUGUCCAGACAACACCUGAAAUAGAGGCUCUUCGACCCAAGUCACCUAUGAAGAAUCAGCAGCAAAUGCAGCAACAGCAGUCUAACUCCAUUUCUCUUACAACAGCAAAUUCCAGCGGCAGAAGAGCCACAGGAAAUUCUCCUCAAAAUCCAGCAGCUUUUAGCCUUAAUCAGGAAGCUUCUAGUUCAAACCAUCCUCCACCCUGGGCUCCCCCAAUGGAGGGCUUCAAAGGUCCUAACGAGAAUGCUUUCGACAUGUAUGGUUAUAACAUGCAUCCGAUGCCGCCAAAUGGGGAGUUUCUUGAUUUUGAAGCUCAGAGGAUGAUGAAUAUGAUGUAAUGAGGUCCUUCCCAACUCAUAGAGAGUAUCAACAGCCACGUGCCUUUUUUUCCAUAUCACAAUAGGCUGUGAAAACAAAUGCUCUGGUUGGGGAACAAAGGUAUGAAGUGGAUCAUGAUAUAUGUGAGUAGACAUGUCUCUCAGAGGUAAUGUAUCGUUAGUUUUAGCAAUUGUUAUUUGGUGAUCUUGGAAGGAGGGGCACAAUGCUGCCUUCAUAAUAGUAAUAAGAGAUUCAUGCAUGCUUUCAUGAAUAAGUCAAAGCAUGGUGAAAGUGAAUUGAAGAGGAAUAUGAAGAAGCUGCUCAAGACAGUAUCUUCGAAGACAUUGUAGUAUGGAGCUGCACAGUUCAGUGUACACUAUUCACCAGAUUCUUAUUGCAACUGAAUGGAACAAGGUAUGAAGGUGGGACAACUAUGCCGGGUAUCAGAACCAAGAGAGAACUGUAAUCUAAAGCGCUUUUGAGUGUUUUCUCAAGUCAAUUUCUAUGUGAAACUCUUGGUAAUUCAUUUAAUAGAUGAGCAAAUGUAAGAAUAUGCAAUUUUGGCUCGGUUGUGUUGUAAUAUGCUCAUACAAUUUUGCCUUUAAUUUCUCUCAUAAUUCUUCUCUCUGCCAAGAUAAUUGGAUGGGACUCAGCUACAGGUGGUAAAGUUCUGCCAUGUGUAUUAUUAUUUCCCACUUCUGAGUUUGUUAUCAUCCAAUUAACAAGGCUUUCGUCCCUAUUGCAUUGCAUAUUCGCUUGCUCUAUAGGUUGUUAAUGGUGAAAUUGGUAAUGAAAUUGCAUUACAUAUUCGCUUA